UCCUCCCUUCUUUUCCCACUUGUCAUUACUAAUUUAUUUUUUUAAAAUUUGCAGUCUCCUCCGUUUCUUCCCCUAAAAACUCUAUACCGUUCCCUCGCUUUGCUUCAAAAUCCCUUCUUCUUCUCUUGCUUUCACUCACUCUUACUAACUCACUCACUUACUCUUAGGGUUUGUCUCCUUGUUUGUUUCAGUCCCUCAGUCUGAGUCUCAGAGGAACUAAGGUGAUUUGCGGAGCGUGUAUUUUCUUUUAAAAGGUAUACAUUGUCCACUUUCUAGGAAUGGAUCUGGAUAGUAUCUGAGGUUGUCCAACAAUCUUCAGUCAUGGGGAAUGCAGAUGCUGAUGCUUCUACAAAGACACAAAAGUCAUCUUCAACGCAGGAGCAGCCUCCUGCUAGUAGUCCUGCUACGGUUUACGCAGAUUGGGCAUCAUUUCAGGCAUAUUAUAACUCCGCUGGAGCCCCCCCAAUGCCACCACAUGGGUUUUUCCCUUCGCCUGUAGCAUCCAGUCCUCAAGGUCAUCCUUAUGUGUGGGGACAGCACCUAAUGCCUCCAUAUGGCACACCGCCACCUCCAUAUGUUGCCAUGUAUACACAUGGGGGGCUCUAUGCACAUCCAUCCAUCCCACCGGGAUCUCAUCCAUAUAGCCCCUAUGCAAUGCCUUCUCCGAAUGGAACAGCUGAAGCUUCUGCUCCUGCUGGUGGCAAAGAUGGAGAGGGUAAAUCAAGUGAGCGCAAGAGCAGGAGUCCUCUAAAGCGAUCUAAAGGAAGCUUAGGAAGCCUGGGUAUGCUUACAGGCAAGGGAAAUGAGAUGGGAAAAACAUCUGGGCCAUCUGCCAAUGGUGGCAUUUCUCAGAGUGGCGACAGUGGGAGCGAAGGUUCAAGUGAAGGAAGUGAUGCGAAUUCUCAAAAUGGUUCUUAUCAAAAGCAAUCUGGUGAAGAAGGUUCUGCUGAUGCUGGGGCCCAGAAUACCAGCACUGCUUGCAGUGUGUCAAAUAUGGUUACACAGACACCUCCAACCCAGGCCAUGUUGAAUCAAAGUAUGGUUAUGGCUUUGCCACCUAAUGGUGUCUCUGGUCCAACAACAAACCUGAACAUUGGAAUGGACUAUUGGGGAGGAUCUGCACCCACAUCCGUCGUUCCAGCCCGAGGCAAGCUCCCUGCAGUACCUGCUACCGAACACUGGAUACAGGAUGAAAGGGAGCUUAAGAGGCAAAGAAGGAAACAGUCAAACAGGGAGUCAGCACGGCGUUCAAGGCUGAGGAAGCAGGCUGAGUGCGAAGAACUGGCUCAGCGUGUGGAUGCAUUGAAAGAUGAAAACAGUACACUUAGAGAAGAACUGGAGCGCUUGCAGGAAGAGUGUGACAAACUGACGUCAGAGAAUGCCUCUCUAACUGAGAAACUUCAGAAACAUCAGGGACAGGAAUCUGGAGUGGAUGGUGCUAAUGAUCUUCCAGAAUCUGAUCCCCAAACAGCAGCUAACUUGGACCCAAUGGAAAGAGAUAGUUGAGAGCUCGUAAUAUGAAAGUUUAAACACCUCAGAGGCUGAGCAGUUAGGUUUUCAAAAGCUGAGUUCUGGUGGUAUUCAGUCUACCCUCUGUUUCCCUCUUCUUUUUUGUGCAGGAGAGGUGACGCUGUAGGCUGUAUACAGGUGACUAUUCAAUUACAACUAAUUAAAGGUUUUUUGAGAUAAUGUAUUAUUAGAGAAAUCUAGUUAUGAAGUUGUUGAUCAGAAUUCUUUUCAGUAGAGUGAUUCUUUUCCCCUUGGCUAGCUGGCACUUAAAUGAAGUUGUAAUAAAGAUUUGAAAGGACUAACUGAGGUUUUAGGACACAUCUUUGAUUAAAAUCAUCUUCUGAAUGAAUGCAUCACGGAUUCUUC